UAAAUAAAAAUAGUAGGCUGAGGCUGCCUCUUCUCCUUCCUAAACCCAGCAGCAGCCACCAUUCUUGUUGAGAGACAGAGCCCUAAACGCCCGAAUCUGCUAAACUACCAUUGACAGUCAGGGCCCCUAUUAUCAGGUAAACAAACCUAAACAAUUACAGAGACUACUCUCCUUCCAAUCGAGAAAGAAAAAACAAAAAGACAAAAAAAAAAACAAAAAACAAACGCCGAGCCAAAAAAAAAAAGAAAAAAAAUCCCUUCUUCCCCUUUUCUUGCUAGUUUAAAACCCUACCUAUUUCUCUGGGAUUUUUUUUUUAUCCUCCAGCUUUUAUCUCUGCUGCGGCAUAGGUGACUGCAUUGUUUAUUGAGGUGCAUGUCUCGUUGGAAUCCGAAGAGGUUUACUUACGAGGGUUUGAUGUAUGUUACUGAUGCUUGUCUUCUGAAGGAAUAAAGCCUCUUUUUGUUCAUUACAUCGACACUUUUAAGGUUGAACCUUUAUAAUACUCUAGUUCUGAGAAGGCCCAUAAACAGUUUUAUCAGAUUUAUCAGCUUAUGUCUGGAGGUCCUAUGGCGAUUGUCAAACCAGAGAUGAAGUCAUACAUCUGGCUCGAAACUGCUGAUGGUUCAAUCCAAGAAGUGGAGGAAGAGGUUGCCAUGUUUUGCCCUGUGAUAUGCCGGGAAUUACUUCAAAAUGGCAAGGGAUCUUCAAAAAAUUGUGCAAUAUCACUUCCUGAACGAGUCAAUCCUGCUAACUUAGAGUUAAUACUGGAGUUUUGUCGGUUCCAUCAAGUUCCUGGCCGUUCUAAUAAGGAACGGAAGAAACAUGAUGAGAAGUUUGUCCGGUUAGAUACCAAGACGUUAUGCGAUUUGGCUUCUGCUGCUGACAGCCUUCAACUAAGGCCUGUGGUUGACCUUACGAGCCGUGCACUUGCUCGGGUGAUUGAAGGCAAAACUCCCGAGGAAAUACGUGAAACUUUCCAUUUGCCUGAUGAUCUAACAGAGGAGGAGAAGUUGGAACCUUUGAGAAAUAUGACGGAUGAUCCACGUAUCCGCCUUCUAAAUAGACUCUAUGCAAGAAAAAGGAAAGAAUUAUAUGACAGAAAGAAGCUAAAGAAUGUUGAUGUAGAAGAAGAGCCCCGGGUAGAUGAAAGAUCAGUUGAUGAUCUUUUGUCAUUCAUAAAUAGUGGAGAUCAAGACUCAAAGGGUGUAAGAGUAACAAAAAAUAAAAAGAAAUCUCGAGGGAGAAAAGAACAAGCUAGAAAUUUGUCUUCAAAUAAUGAAGCUGGAAACUACAAUAAGGAAUCUAAUUGCCAUACAUCUGGCUGCCUAAAUGGUGACACCAACGAUGGGUCUUCUCCAAGUAGAAAUUCUAAGCUGCAAAACUCGCCAUCUGCAAUGUUUUCAUCUAAGCUCGACUUGGAUGACUUUGAUAUUGAUGAUGAGUUAGAUCCAGCAAGGAAGGAAGAAAUUGACAGGGAGGUUGAGGAUUUUGCUCGGAGACUUGACUCUGUCUGGCCAGAAAGGAUACAACAGAUUUUGUCGUUGGGUCAGGAGACGAGACGGCUUAGACCAAUUUCCAUGAAUGGAAAUGGUUCCAUGACGAGAUGUACAGCAGGUGUGGACCGGGGAUAGUGAUUGAAAUGGUGGACAAAUGACAAAGCGUUUUUUUGUAUUCAGCUUGAGCUUAACAUGCCAGGUUGUCUGUCUCUGCUGUUGCAAUGAAGACUGGUUAUGCUUCGGUAUCCAUUUCAUGUAAAGUCUCCUGUCAAGCUGCGAAAAGCAAGUUCAUCUCCCUGGAUACACGCCAGGUGCUCAAAGUGUAGUGAAAUAUCAGAAUAGAAGGAAAGUUUCCGUUGUUUGUGAUUAUGGCAUUGGCAAAACUUGUGCAUUUCAAAACAGAGAUUAAGUUUCCAGUUUUGCACUAGAUUCCAAAUUUCUUUAAACCAUGGUUUUGAUUUUCUAUGUUCUCUUAUUUAGUCCAAAUGUUUUUUGUAACCUCCCAC